CACUGCUGCGGCUUGGGUGACGUCCAGAAGGAGACAUAAGAGAAACUGUGCUGCAGUUUACAGACACCCACUUUCAGACGGCUGUCGUGUUUUCUUGCCGGUAACCGUUUUUGUUUUUAAAGAGAUAACGGAGCCAAACUGGCAUCGAGCAAAGACCCAAAUUUGGCCGUAAUAAACCGUUCUCGGUCCUCUGAGUGAGAAAAAGUGCGGCUGCUCGAAGAGAGGAAGCAUUGAAACGUUCCCCUAGAGGUGGUGAGGGGUUCAGCGGAUCAACUGUGGAUCUUCACAGGGCCUCGCCACAUGGGAGUGCGCUUCCGCACUCAUAAAGGUGUGAGUUUGGGACUCCCGCCGUCCCGUCGCCUGCUGCUGCUGGACCGACAUGGCCGGUGGCAGAGAGCGCAGAGAACGAACACAGCGGCCAUGGUCGGUGUACCGGGCCAACACCUUCGAGCUUUCCAGCGAGAUGAUCGGCCUGGCGCUCGCAGGAAAUAGUCAGGAUCCAGACGAGCCUGUUUUAGAGUUCAGUGUCGCUUGCACGGAGCUGGCCACUCCCUCUUUGGAGCGAAAACCAAACAGCUUUGUAGCAGUGAGCUGCACAACCCCGCCACAGGCCUUCUGGACCAAACAUGCCCAGACCGAAGUCAUAGAGGGCACCAGUAACCCCACCUUCCUCAGUAGCAUCGCCUUUUUCCAGGACUGUAACAUUAACCCCCAGACACAGGUCAAGCUGGCCGUGUACGACGUAAAGGACCGAUCACAGGGCACGAUGUACAUGUUGGGGUUUGCACUCUUUGCUGUGAAGGAACUUCUGCAGGAGAAAGGCCACAGAUUAGAGCUUGAACUGCGAUCGGCAGAGAACCACCGGGUUGGGAAGGUCACCAUCGCAGCGUGGCAGAUGGAGGACAGGGCUGAUCAUAGGAUGUCUGUUAGAAAUCUGCCAGAGAGCAUCAAUGGUCGAAUGGUACUUCCCGUUGAUGAGAGCCUGACUGAGUCGAUGGGAGCCCGGAUUAAAUACGCCUCGCUGUCUAAAGACAGCCUGCUACGCUCAGUGUUUGGAGGAACCAUGUCCAGGAUGUACCGCUUCCCGACCACGGACGGAAAGCACCUGCGCGUCCUGGAGCAGAUGGCCGAGAGCGUCCUGUCCCUCAACAUUCCCCGGCAGUUUGUCAAGCUGCUGCUGGAGGAGGACGUCACCAGGGUGUGUGAGCUGGAGGAACUGGGAGAGUUAUCACCCUGCUGGGAGACUUUGCGACGGCAGAUCGUGUCCCAGUACCAGUCCAUAACGCUCACAUAUCAGGAAACGCUGUGCGACCUCAACAGCUACCGAGGUCCCUCCUUCAAAGCUAGCAACCUGAAAGCAGACAGGAAGCUGGAAUUUAUGCCAACCAACCUCCAUGUGCAGAGGAUGAGGGUGCAGGACGAGCUGGGCUUCAAGCACACCUAUGAUGUCAUAACGAUUGGCGCUCCGGCUGCUCAUUGCCAGGGAUUUAAAAGUGGCGGCCUCAGGAAGCUCAUCCAUAAGUUUGAGGAGGCCAAGACACACGUUUGUGAGGAGGGAUGCAGCGCUCUCUCCAGCUCACAGUCCAUCGUCUACAUACCCCAGGACAUCGUCCGAGCCAAAGAGAUCAUCGCCCACGUCAACACACUCAAAACUCAGGUCAACUACUACGCUGAGAGGCUUUCCCGAGCCGCCAAAGACCGAUCGGCUAGUGGGCUGGAGAGGACGCUGGCUAUCCUGACGGAUAAGACUCGUCAGUUGGUGACGGUGUGCGACUGCAAAUUGCUGGCUUCGGCCAUCCAGGCUUUGAACGCGGCGCGGCCUGACUACAUUGCCUCCAAAGCAUCGCCUACCACCGAACCAGAACAAGUGGUCCUCCGCAACGAUCAGGACACUCUGCUGGCCAAGUGGAGCGGUUGCCACAGUCGAUCUUCGCUGCAUGUCGACUGGCACGAAGAGGAGUGGGAGAAGGUUUGGGUCAAUGUGGACAAGUCUCUGGACUGCAUCAUUCAGCGAGUGGAUAAGAUGCUGCAGAAAGAGAGGAGACCCAGCAGCAGUAGUCUGGACAGUACCCAGCACGACCUGCAGAGCGGCGACAGUAAAAAAGGUGAGGAAAAACGACGGGCUUUCUGGAUCAACCCAGGAAGUUUGUCACAGGACUCAUUAUCAUCAGAACCUCCUCCACCAUCUUCAUCAGCACCACCAUACUCUUCCUCUUCGCCUGCCCUCUCCUCAUCUGCACGACACUCCAGCCCCGAACAGGAAAACUAUGGAAGCCCGAGUGCAGAGGAGGCGUACCCAGGUGAGUGGAGCGAGGCUCUGUACCCGCUCCUCACCACGCUCACCGAGUGCGUCGCCAUGAUGACCGACAAGGCCAAGAAGUCCAUGGUGUUCCUGCUGAUGCAGGACAGCGCUCCCACCAUAUCUAUGGACGUGUCGUUGCAAUAUCGCCGGGAUGUCGUCUUCUGCCAGACGCUCACUGCCCUGAUCUGUGGCUUUGUCAUCAAACUGAGGAACUGUCUUCGAGACAACGGUUUCCUGCGGCAGCUCUACACAAUCGGCCUGCUGGCUCAAUACGAGUCCCUGCUCAGCACCUACGGAGAGGAGGUCGCCAUGUUGGAGGACAUGAGCAUCGGCGUCAUGGAUCUGCGGAACGUCACCUUUAAGGUCACCCAGGCAACCGGCAGCUCCGCACCCGACAUGCUGCCGAUCAUCACGGGCAACAGGGACGGCUUCAACGUCCGGAUCCCUCUGCCGGGCAGCAUGUUCGACGCGUUGCCACGGGAGAUCCAGAGCGGAAUGCUGCUGAGGGUCCAGCCGGUGCACUUUAACGUGGGCAUCAACGAGCAGCAGACGCUGGCCGAGAAGUUUGGUGACACAUCCCUGCAGGAAAUCAUCAACAUGGAGAGUCUCUCCAGGCUGAACUCCUACUAUGAACAGUUCAAAGAAGUUCUUCCUGAGGACUGCCUUCCCAGGUCCCGUUCCCAGACUUGCCUCCCCGAGCUGCUGAGGUUUCUGGGCCAGAACGUCAACGCCAGGAAGAACAAGAACGUGGACAUCCUCUGGCAGGCGGCCGAGAUUUGCCGCCGACUGAACGGCGUCCGUUUCACCAGCUGCAAGAGCGCCAAAGACCGGACGGGCAUGUCGGUCACUCUGGAGCAGUGCCUGAUCCUGCAGCAUGAACACGGCAUGGCGCCGCAGGUCUUCACGCAGGCUCUCGACUGCAUGCGCAGGUUUGUACUGACUGCAGGAAUCGGGGCCAGCUAGAUUACACAGAUUGAAAUUGAACCAUAGAAGCAAGAGUUAUAUUUCAGGUCUUAAAAUAAACUUUUACUGCUACUUUUUGUUGGAAAUUUGAGGUGCACAACAACUAAAACUGAUAUUUUCAAACACAUUUGACUCAUUUCUCGAAAGCUACUGUAAAAUUUCUCCAAACUCCACAGAAGUGUGUAAGAAUAACACAUAAUAUAGAACAUAAGCUAGUUGUUGCUAUUUACUAUCUGGUGAAUUACAUGGCCAGGCCAGUUAAACCAAAGUUAUACAAAAUUCAAAUUAUGUAAAUUGCAAAGCACGUAAUUUAUUUCUUGGGCACUUUAUAGUAUGUAACACCAGAAUUAACCAUACUGAUUAAUAAACAAAAGCUGGCAUUUUGCUUUUCAGCCACUUUUUAGCCAAGUUCUCCAAAAUAGCUUAGUAGAAAACAUGAAAAGUCUAUUACUACUGCACAUUUCCAAAAGAAUUGGAGUAAUUUUUCUUAUAUUUUUGAAUACAACUUCAAUAAAACAAAGUCAGAUAGAUUUACAAUCUAUAUAUACAGACCUGUUGAAUAAAUUAGAAAAUACAUUGAAGUCUUGUUUGUCAGAUUGAAAGUACAUUUUUAAAAUAACCUUUAAGCAAGUAUUACACAUUUUUUAACAUUCUGAAAGUAGUUUUUUAUUGGUCUGAUGUAAUAUUCUAAUUUAAAUGCUAUGUUUUCAUCAGCUGUAAAUGGAAAUUAUCAUAAUUAGGAGAAAUAAAGGCUUUAGAAACUUUCUAUAUAAUGUAUAAAAAUCACCUGCUGAUAAAUUUCCUAUAAUAGAUGGACUUUUCAAAUGAUUUAUUGAAUGAGUCUGCAUACAUGUAUGUGCGAUUUAAAACACAGGAAAAUGAAAAUGAGUUCAGUCAAAACUAUUUAUGUACAAAAUUGCAAAGUGUGAAAGCAGUCCUGUUUACCUCCAACAAAGGGGGGGGGGAAAAAAGAAACAAGCUGAGCUUUUUUCACCCCGCUUGCAGAAAUACGAUGCUGAUCUGAGACAGGAGACGGUGCGACUGAGCUGCUGCUGCUGCUGGUCGCUAUUGAUACCGAUGUUGAUCCACAGCAAAUGUGAUUCCCAGGUUCUCUUGCCGGGUUGUGCUCCAAAUGUCUCUGUUUGGUACAAAUCCUAGAGAUGCUCGCACCGCUCUGUUUUAAAGUCUCUCCAUCUUUCUCCUUCUCCCCCUCACGUCUGCACGCGUUCCUCUCCUCCUCCUCAGCCGGCCGGCAUAAACUCAGAUUUGAUUUGGCCCCGGACGCAUGUUUGACAGCAACAAAUUGUCCCACACCCGUAACGUUUGCAUGCCCUGAGCUUCGCGCUUCUCCUUCAUCUUCCAUCUCCAUCCAUGUCUAGAGAGACGAUAAACAUGGUGAACCAUUUUGCUGUUUCUUCUUUCCUUUCUUUAAAGAACAUCUUUCCUAAUUUCUCUUUUUUUCUCUCUCUCUCCUCUCUUUCCUUCCUCUGCUUCCCGUCUCAUGGUUCUUGUCGUGUAACUAAUUUAUUUUUGCCGGAUGGUGUUUUAUUUGUUUAUCGAUGUUAUUGUUUUGACGUCGCCUUGUGGGAGCUGCUUUCUGUCAACACGUUUUUGUUUUUUUUCCUUGUUCUCACAUCCCACUUAUUAUUAAUUUGCCAUCUCUCCGCUGGCAUAUCUGCGUGCCAUCUGUUUAUAUCCCUUCCUCCUCAUCCGUCGCUCUCUUCCUCCUGUUUUGCCGCUCCACCUCCUUCCCGUUCUUCUUCCCC